AAGGGCGAUCUCCAAGAGAGGUAACAGCUCAUUCGUGAGCUCUAGUAAAGAUGGAUUUUCUGUCAACGGAAGCUCACUCAGAUUGGUCGGGACCAACUUGUACUGGCUGUCGACGUUGGAAUCGAACGAUGACAUCUGGAACGUGCUGAAGAACGUAUCUGAUACCGGUAUCACGGCCGUCAGGAUUUGGGCAUUUAACGACGUGGAAAUCAUUCCCGAGAGCGGAACGUGGUUUCAGUUUGUACAGAACGGCACUACUACAAUCAACGAUGGAACAAAUGGACUGCAGAAACUUGAUACACAGUGGUUCAAAUGGCAGAACAACAAGGGCUAUAUGUUAUCAUGUCACUAACGAAUAACUGGAAUCCAGUACCUAACACAACAUCUUCCGGCACUGCAUCACCUGACGUGCUUGCGUCUGUCGCUAUUCCGCGUAACACUCUUUCAAACGACUAUGGCAGUAUGGAUCUAUAUGUCCGCCAGUUCGGACUUCAGAACCACGACGAUUUCUACACGAGCGAUGAUACCUUGGCUGCCUUCCAGAAUUACACUAAGCAGAUCGUAUUACGCUAUUUCGACAGCCCUGCUGUGUUCGGCUGGGAGCUUGCGAAUGAUGCUAGAUGCAACUCGACCGUUCCCACUAGUCCAACGCGUACUACACAAACCAUCACGAAGUGGCACGCUCUGAUGGUUGCAUUCAUCGCGUCCAUUGAUCCCAACCACAUCGUCUCCGCUGGCUUCGCCUACGCCACGCCCUCUCCCGCGCCUGGCAAGAAGCGCAGAAGCGUCGCCCCUUCGACGAAAGAGCAGAUCAUAAGGCAGCGUGCUGAGUCGAGACGCCAAUACGGGGCAGCCGCUAAGCGUGCAGGAACCUUGAAGGAAGAUGGGAUGACGAUAAGGGGUCGCUGGGUAUCUACAGCAACGCGAGAAGUCUCCAGCUCGAUCUGCCCCACAACGGAUGGUUCAUCUGGCUUUGGUUCCUUCCAAGUAUUUCCCGACCAGAACACGUACGCUCCCAAUGACCCAAACCUUGACCCCGUCCAAAACAAGAUCAACUCGAGUCUUGCGUGGAUCAAACAAUCAGCUCGCGUUGGGAAGCCUGUUGUCCUCAACGCAUUCAGUCUAGUCACCCAAUACAAUUUGAAUGACUUCGUCCCGUUCAACAUGACUUAUGCUUCUUACACAUCCAUCACAGCGGUCAUGGAUGUCACCGCAGCAGUCAUGGACGCCGCUGCGACGUCAGAUUUCGCCGAUGAUGCACAACGAGAACAAGGUUACAACUCGUUUUUGCAGAUGGGCAAUAGCGCUGGAUUGGCAGGCAUCAUGCAAUACCAGUGGGGCUCGACCGGCAUUACCCAGUCAAGCACUGCCAUCCAGUUAGACAACAACUAA